GGAUGAGUAGAAGACACAAGACGAUUGUCAGCGGCUUUCUUUCAUUUGUUGAAAAUAUUAUUUGUUGCAUUUGUUGAUAACAAACAUGGUUGACACAGGAUGAAAGUUUCACGGUUUUGCUUUGUAGUUUAUCUCCAGCUCUUGUUCCUGUUUGUGGAUUUGUUCAUCAAUUCCUUUGGAGAACUCUUUCGUACGGCUGAUGUCGUUCUCCUCGUGUUGUACAUGUAAGUAAUUUAAAUCCAGUGCCUUUGAAUUUUUUUUCCUUGGGUGUUAACGCGCGGGCAUUUCCGAUAAGGAACGUGUUUUCACUCUUGGGUCGAUAAUCGUUCUUAAGUUAUUAGAAUCGUCACUUUUGUCUGAAAGAAGUCAAAAGAUCGCUUGGUUUAUUCUUGAGCUCGUGUGGUUGCCAUUCAAACCACAACGAUUUGCUAAGCACGCCGAUGUUUGACUUGUUAGGAUAACAGCGCCAACUUUGAAAUCUUUAUCAUGAUCAAUUCUUCGCACGCGUAUUGAUUUCAUUAUCUUUUUUACAGUAUUCAUUCGUAAGUAUUCCCUUCUUUAUUUUAGGUUUUCCCUCCAUAUCUUGUCGAACUGACAGGAUGAUUAAUGUAGGAAAAUAUGUGAAAAUUCCAACUUUUUUAAAUAUUCCUCAUACAGCUGUAGAUACAUUGUAUUGCAGUUCAGAGAGAGGUAAUUUACAAUUACCCAGCUGGCGACGAUUCUUCGGCACACGUCUUUGCUUUUAUACCUUUCCUCGAUUUGUUUUCUUGAAGGAAUGCUAUUCUCUACGCGUAAAUAAAAGGGUUAAACAGAUUUUCCUGACCAGAACGUGCAAAAAGUUAAAGAUCCCAUAAAUUCUAAUCUUUGUUUAAUUCUUUUUUGGCAUACAAACAAAAGAUAAAUUUCACUACAUACACAUGUAUCAGUAACUUGCUGGCCUUGUCUAUCCCAAUUUACGCAGCAAAUUGGCUUUCCUUGCAAAUAUGCAAUCUUCUUUGACUUAAAAGGAUGACAGCAUUUACUCUUUUAAAAUCUAUAUUUUUAGCUGUAGGUACACAGGUUUCUAAUCGAAUACUGGUAAAAAGGCUACAAUUUUAAAGUCAACUCUGGCUAAGACAGAUUCUGUAGGGACCAGUAAGAAGUGUUACAUGGAAUGAAAAACGAUCAAAACCAUGUCUUUUAAAGCAUUAAUUGGCAUUAAUUCAUUCUGGUUUGACUUUGAAAGGAUGCCACAGAUUUUACUUUGUAAAUCCCUUAUGAUUAAGCCUUAUCAUAAGGUUUUUCCUACGUCUCCAUUUAUUGUCUUAUAUGGUGAAGAUUUUGAUGGUGAUAAUCCUUUUAGCCUUCAACAAUUUUGUUUUGCUGUUUUUGUUGUGUUCAUUAACAAUAAUAUUAGUAUAAAGUAAUCUUUUGAAUUAGACAAUUUAAUGCUACAUGAAUGUAAUUUCACGACUUAGUAUUUGAUGCCACCAUGCAUCUAAGCUGAUUAUAUGGCUUUAGCUUAAGCACCUAAAUUUGUUCUGGGAUCAGGUAUUCCAUCAGGUAUUGGGAGUCACAAAAUCUAAAAUACAGCGAUCAGGUUUUGAUCUCCCAGAGUUUGUAUACAGUGUACUAUAGUACAGUCUUCUAGUUUGUCUUCAUCAUCAUAAAAUCUUAAUCACCUACAUACAGCUGUAAGCAGCCUUUGCCUAUAUUUUAGAUCCAACACGUACAUUGUAGGUUUCAACCUUCCUUUUACGUUUCUUUGUUUAGAUCUCCAUCCAAACGGGCAGUCCUUCAUCUUCUUUAUUGCACAGAUAUUUGUACUCAGACUGUUCAAUAUGACCGUUGCAGUAUUUUGGAGCACACAUUAUAAUUUUGUAAAUCAAUGGAUAUUGUCACUGAUAAAAUUAGAGCAGGUUAUCUUUUUUUCAUAUUAAAUUUUGAUAUACCAAAAGUGAAAAUUUAAAUUAUACUUUAUUGUUAUGUCAGUCUUGAUUAAACAGGUUCCAGUCUAAGAAUUCUUAUUAUUUUUUGGUUGUCACAGUUCUAAAACUGGUUAUUAUCAGAAAGUUUAAUCAAAGCUGCCCUGCAACAUAUCUGUAUUCAUAAUUGAGCAGCCUCACAUUUACUGCAUGUAUAUAGCUGCUGGAAGCCCUUGAUCAUAAUAUUUCAUUGCCUGCUGUUUGAGUUUUUGAUUUGUUACAAGGCACACAGUAAAUCAUCUCCCCCCUAAAUUUUGUGAAAAAAAUAAUAAUAAAUUACUUACAUUUAAAGUUGUUCCUGUACAUGUUGGUAUGUCCUGUGGCUCUUGAGUUCAUUGUCACUUUCUAACUAUUUUGAUGACUUUAAGUGUCUUUCCUUUACCAAAUGAAUGUAAAGUUUUAAUUAUUGAGUGUGACUCCCCAUGGCAUUCAUACAGUCAGUUUUAAUAAUGACACUGAAAGCUCUGGUUGAUCAUUCUCUUGCAUGUACAUGCAAAAGAGUGUUCACCUUUUGUCGUUUUGCCAUUUUUAAUAUAAUUUUUUUAUCGAUUAUAUUUUUAAAUUUCUUUCUUGACAGAAUACAAGACCUGUGCAUUAUCUUUGCUAUCAUUGUGGUAUUUCUGGUGUUUUUUAACACCUACAUAUUUCAAGCUGGAUUGGUGUCUCUUCUAAUAAGGAAGUUCAAGACCACCAUAAUAAUCUCAAUAUUAUACUUAGCACUAUCAGUAGGACUUCAUGUAUGGACAAUGGUAAGUGUCCCCCAAUCUGGGUUUGAAUUAAAUAAAAAAACAACAUACAAGUUUUUACCAAAGUGUUCUAAAACAUACAUACAAAUUUUGUAUAUGUAUGAAAUAUAGGCUUGCAAUUCUUUCAUAAUAUGCCUGUUUCAGGCUCCAAGAGAGCGAGGAAAGCAGAUCGAGAAAAGUCUCGCAAAAACCAUGUGGGGGCUGGGGAGAGAUGGAGUAUUGGAGCCUGUAAGGCUGUAAGCAUUGUUUUUAAUGCCUCAUUCUGGUAUACCAACUCCUGGUAUCCCCUAUGAUUGGUCAAUUGUGACAGUUUACUUAAACACUUACACUGUACAUUAAUCAUUUGGUUUUGCGCACACAGAGUCUAACAAACAUUUUGAGCAUGUGAAACCCUCCUUUACUGCACCUGUGACAUUUUGAAACGGUCACAGGGCCGGAAGUGGGUUUGGAAGUUGGCGGAUUGAGGUAUUUGAAAAGAUGCUUACCGGCUCUCUCCUUCUCUCUUCCCACCAUUUUUUGCUCAUUCGCUAUUUCACUGCUUGCUCACUUUUUUCACUCAUCUUCCCUGACAGAGAGUCUGGCACAGGCUAUUUGUAUUCAAAGUUUCAAACAAAAAAUGCUCAAUUUUUACACGUCGCUGAAUUUGGAACGUACAGUAAAUAAAGUUUUAAUAAUUCAAUAGUUUUUAUCAUCAUCAAUGAAUAACUGGUAAUAGUUGUUUGUUACCUAAAGACUCCUGCUUUAGUUUUCAGCCUUGAUUUUCAUGUGAUUACAAUGUACAUGUACUUGUUCAAUAAAUUAUUUUCAUUUUAGACGUUAAAGUGGGGUGCACCUAGGAGGUUUAUCUGGAGUGAAGCAUUUCAAGCCCUUUUUGUUUUUCAAAGAGUUGGUGAGUGAAAUUUGUUGUACGGUAAUUUAUAAUACAUAGUUUUCUUGUUUUAUUUGAGUCAUCACCAAACAAAAAUGCUUUCAAUAGUGUUCAAAGGUAUCAUUUUUUUGUGGAGGGGACUAUUCAUAGCGUGAAAAUCUAAUUCUCCUGUUCUCAAAGCUCAAUGUUUUUCAGAGUCGCCUAUUGGCAAUCUAAAAUGAAAACCUGAAAAAGAGAAUUUGGUGGUAAGAAUAAAAAAAGACAGACUAUGUGCAGUAUUGCAUGAAUGGUAAGAAAAAUGGUGCCCAUAUCACAAUAAUUGAAUUUGAAGGGAGACAAACAACCAGGGUAAGAGAGAUGAUUUAUAAAGAAAAUGGAGCAAUUGAAUAGUAUUUUGUGCAAAUAUCUAGCCAGUUGUCGCAUGUAUGACUUUUACUCUUUUAGGAGCCGUGUUAUAUUACUACUUCUACAAAAGAACAGCCCUGCGAUUAGGUGAUCCAAGGUUCUACAAGGACUCUCAAUGGCUGCGUGAGGAAUUUGCAAGAACUCAUUGAAUUUUUUCUUCUCCUGGUUGUUAGCUAUAUUUUACCAGGUACAUGUUAGUGUUCAUUAUAUCAACACCUGCUAAAGAAUCUGUAUGAAAUAAUUGAAGCAAACGUAUGUACAGUCAUGUGGGACUACACUAAGCUGACUGAAGUUGGAACUGCAGAGUAUAUCUAUCACCAUUCACGGGAGAAGUUGGGAUUUGUUACUCCCUACAUACAAGGUUUAUGUGAGUGAUUUUCACUUGAAUGGUAAAUAUUAAUGCAAGUCCAUCCUUCAGCCAGUAACAACAAUGGCUGGUCAAAUUAUUAAAUAAGCCAAUGAGACCUCAAGGUUUGUGGCCAACUUACAGUAAAGCAUGGGAAAACAGUAGCAAAUAGAGGUAAGGGCUUUUAUUCAGGGCCUUGGGAUUGCAACUCUACGCUGUAGCAGUCUAACUGUUGCCAGGUAUUCAGAUAGUGGAGAGUGGCUUGAAAUGGAGAGUGGAGAGAGAAAGAGAGUCUGGCUGAUUUUUCCUGCUCACUUCUCUUUGAACUGCCUCCAUUAUUUCCACUUUUUUGAACACCUAGAACAGUCUAUCGGCCACAUUGUAGACUGUACCAGGCUCUAAGGUAGUAGGGACAUUGUGAAAAAUAAAACAAGGGAAGUGAAAAUAAGACUUGUGCAAUGUGGGAAGGGGGCGGUGGCACCCUCUCUCUCCCCCGCCCCCGUGCAUUUUUUGCAUCACUUUUUAGUGCAUGACUGCACUGCUCUAGUAUCUUGGGGUCUGGAAAAGGCUAUCAGCCACACUGUUUCAUGGGCAGAUUGGGUGGACAAGGCAUUUCCUAAUUGAAACUGGAUGCACUAUAGUUUGAGUGAUACUAUAUAUGAAAUUAUGUAAAACCAAGCCUUCUUCUUGUCUCACAUGCAUGUAUAUUCAAAUUACAUGGGUCAUUGCCUAAACAGAUGUUUAAUAGGGUUUAGUGGCCAUUCACUGAAUUAUUUAUACACAAUAUAAGUUCCAGCAAGAAUUAAUUUUAUCCUUUUUUAUUCCGAAAAUAUGCAUAAAUUUGCAUAUUUGUUUUUUAAUGUAUAAAUUAACUGUCGCCAACGAGAAAAGUGUAGCAUAGUUUAUACAAAACUAAGCUUCAGGAAGUUGUUAUCCUAAUGAAAAAACAUUUGUAGUCUACCUUUACUGCUGUAUUUGAAUGUGAGAACAACUUCCGAGGCAACACUUUUGAUCGACUUGAUCUGAAUGCUUUUAUGUUUAAUUCUUGUUAAUUGGGGCUAGCUGCCAACAACCAUAGGAAAGUCAGGGCAGAAAAUCAUUUUCAGGGCCUAGGUUGUCACAGGGGUUUUUGUGGAUUGUAAAAAAAUAACAUUUUUAUCCAUAAUACUGUACUUCGAAAUUGAAGAAAGUAAGUUUUGGGGAGUGCAUUGGACUCUGAAGAAAAUGUGAAAUGAUUGUGCAGACGUUAGGGAAUUAUUUUCAGUUCAGUCUGUGAAAAUCCGGUCCGG